ACUAGUUGGCGACCAAUAGUUGCAACCGUAGGAAUUACAUUUUGUUUGUAGUUGCUGCCUUGUCUGGUCGGAGCAACUGUAGAAUAUUCGUUAUUAAUUUUUUUUUUGUAUGGUAAUAGGAAUACAAAGGAAGGUACAAUCGGAAUGGGAUCGCACGGUAAAAUAUCGCCUGUGUGCGUUCAGGGUAACGUUAUCGCAGGAAGGUAAAGUGCCAAAAGUGUAAUAAAGUAUUCUACGCAGAAACAUUGUGUAAUAGAACGUGAAACGUGCACGAUCAAAUUUUUGGCUAGUAUAAAACGAUAUUAAUAAUAUCAACGAUAGAUGUAAUACGUUAAAGUAAGGAUAUCAUAGUUGUUUUUAUCGUUCUGUAUUUUUUGUUGUGAAUUUAAUUUUCUUUCAUAUCUAAUUUGCAAUUUGCAAUUAAAUUGUGUUAACUUAUAAAAUUUCUUCAAUAUAAUAAUUUACACAGCAAUAUAUAUAUAUUUGAAAAGGUAUAUAAUUUUAUAGUUGAAACAUGUAUUAUGAUAAAGGUUAUUCAUAUGCAACUUAUGACAAAGAUAAGGUAGUAGUUGUUGAUCUUCGGAGUGAUACUUUAACAAAACCAACCCAAAAGAUGAGAGAAGCACUAUCCAGUGCUGAAGUUGGUGAUGAUGCUUUUCAUGAAGAUCCAACAGUGAAAGUAUUACAAGAAACAGCUGCCAAAAUGGUUGGAAUGGAAGAUGCAUUAUUUGUAUGCUCUGGAACUAUGGCAAAUUUAAUUGCAAUAAUGAACCAUUGCAACGAUCGUGGAUGUGAGGCAUAUUGUGGCGAUUCUGUUCAUAUUUUGUUACACGAACAAUGUGGCGCUGUUCAAAUCGGAGGAGUGAGUCUUAGAUCGUUGCGCAACAAUGACGAUGGCACUUUCGAUCUUUCUGAACUGCGAUCAAAGCUGCGCCAUGACAGAAAUUACGAGCCCAUUUCUAAGCUGGUAAUUGUGGAAAAUACAAUUAAUGGAAAAAUUGUUCCUCUAAGCUGGAUUAAGGAAUUAGUAUCGCUGUGCAAAGAACAUAACUUGAAGUUGCACAUGGACGGAUCCAGGCUAUGGAAUGCAAGCGUGGGAUCAGGAAUAUCCGGGAAGGAAAUUGUUUCGGGCUUCGAUUCAGUAACAUUCUGUCUCAGCAAAGGCCUAGGUAUAUAUUCUUUUACUAUUUCUAUGUUUAGAACGAUAUUUUCUAUGUGUUCCUUUAACAACAAUUCUCUUUUCUCACAUAUUUCAUUUAACAUCCUUUAACAAUUUGAAUGUUAAUUAUGUCUCACAUAAAUUGAUUGGAAUACGAUUACAUUUUUUAGAUAUAUUUUACUUUCUUAUUUUUUCUUUUUUUUUUAACAAAAACUAACAUAACUUAAGAAAGCAUAUCUAUAUUAUCUUAACAACUAUGGACUAAUUAGCAUUGCAAAAAAGCAAAUUUGGGCCAAUAGUUCCUCAAUUGUUCAGUUAUAGUAUUUAAUGAUGUACAUUUUCCUUGGACGAAGUAAAAACGCGUUUACUCAUAA